AUGAAUACAUCUGAUCACAAUCAACUUGAAAUAAUCACUCCUUCGCGACCACUUUUUCCACCUCCAAUUACUCAAGAUCAGUUAGUAACCUAUAAAUCUCGUACUAAAGGCAAACAUUCUAGAUUACCAACAGCAUUUAUUAUUUACAAAACAGCUUAUCGACAACAACUUAUUGCUGACGAUAACCUUCCGUCUAUGCAUUUAUUUUCAUCUAUGGCAAGCCUUUCAUAUGAAAGAGAGCCUAUACACGUUAAAACAGCAUACGUGAAUCUUUCUUUACAAUUACGUUCUGAAGGAUAA